AUGGGUUGUACCACAAGCACCGUCGUGGAAAGCGCCCAGAUGGGAGUCUUUCAAGAUGAAUCUGGAGUCAUCACUCCUGAAGUGCGCUUCAAGGAGCGGAGUCACAGCUUUCACUCUAUGGAUGACCGGACCAAUCCCUACACAGCUGCCCAUGCAAGUGCACCAAUCAAUUUCACCCACAAACACUGGGUGAAGCAGCUGGAGAGCGCGAUGAAGGAGAUCGAGGACCAGCCCAAAGCACUCCGG